UGUAUUUUGUCAUGUGACCUUGACAGUUCCCCCGUUUCCCUAUUUCGCAGUGCCACAGGCUUCAAACUGAAAACACUUUCCUAAACGCUCCACCACACUUUAGACAGGUGAUUUCACGGCUCUGAAAUUUCACUCUGGCUUGUGCUUAGUACAGUUUAUCCGCUCAUUAGGCUUCUGACAGGACUUACAUGUCAGACUGUGGUAGACUCACAGCCCCAGCGGCUACCCGGCAGGCCUCUCUUUCACCGUGUGAGCGUCAGUCCUCACGCCACGGUUGGGCGGGUCUAGCUCGGCCACAGAGGCAGCAUGGGCCCGGUGCAUAGCUAGCCUCUGCUCUUAACAGCUACAGAAAGGGAUGAAUCAUAUCGGUGGUGAACUGUUUAGCUUGGAUGUCACUGCUAACGGAGUUUGGCUGUCAGAAUGAACGGCACUCAGCAGAGUGAUACUAAGAGGCAGCACCUCCUGGAGAGGCUGCUGGAUGCUGUAAAACAGUGCCAAAUCCGCUUUGGAGGAAGAAAGGAGAUUGCCACAGACUCAGACAGCAGGGUGAUCUGUCUAUGUGCCCAGUUUGAAGCGGUGCUGCAGCAUGGCCUGAGGAAGAGCCGAGGCCUGGCUCUCACCGCCGCCGCUCUCAAGCAGGCUGCGGGCUUCAGCAGCAAGACUGAAGCAGAGUUGACAUUCUGGUUCUAUGUGAAGGAGCAUCUAAACCGCCACGAGCUCCAACGGUUCUACUCCCUGCAUCAGAUCUCCUCAGAGCUGGGCCGGGGUCGUGCCUGGCUGCGCUGCGCCCUCAAUGAGCACUCGCUGGAGCGCUACCUGCACACGUUGCUGGCUGACCGCCCACGCCUGGGAACUUACUAUGAAGACUGGGCUUUUAUUCUCGAUGAAGAGAGAGCAAGUAUGCUCCCCACCAUGGCUGCAGGUCUGAACUCCAUCCUGUUUGCCAUCAACAUCGACAACACUGACCUGAACGGCGGGGUGACGCGAGGAGGAGGCUCCUCGGUAUCCCAUCUCCUCAAGGAGUCCACGCAGGGCAUCGGCAGCCUGUGGAAAGAGUCGACUCAAGGGGUCAGCAGCCUGCUGCGAGAGAUCAGCACCGCCACGGCUGUGGUGCCUGGCUUCACCCCCAGAGUGGACGGAGCCUCAGACCCACUACCUGUCCUGCCACGCAGCACCUCUGCUGACUCAGGGCUGAGGAAGGAGCGCCGGAGGAAAAAGAAAAUCACCAACAUAAUUUCCUUUGAUGACAAUCUGGACGGAGGGGCGGAGGAUGAGGAGGUGGGAGAGGAGGACUCCCAGAAGAUGGGCGCAAUGAGGAAGAGCCACACUGCUCCCGCUCAGAGCAGCGUGGAGGAAGGAAUAGAUCCUUUGGAGCCGGUCUUCUCCGAGUCGCCGGCCCAAAACGGCCUGGCUGAGCCGGGCAUAGUCAGCUGGGUGGGGUCCCCCCAUCCCUCUCGUACCCCACCCAGUACUACACCUCCUCUGCCUGACAGUAAGAGUAUAGACAACGAGGAGGAGGAAGAAGAGGAGGAGAUGUACAAACCCAGAGCACAAACCCAGGAGGAGGAGAGGAUCAGCUCUGAUCAGGUGGUGGUAGGCAGCCUGUCCAGUGUGUCCACGUGGAGCCCUCUACAGGUUAUGACCGACCACAGCAGCUCAGACAUCCUCAUUCCUCUGAACCCUGCAGACUCUCAGCCAGUGAGCUCUGUGGAGGACACGGCUGCAUUUCCUGCUCAGUGUGAGUCAACAGGGCCGGUGGGAAACUGUGAGAGCAGCACAUCGCUGCUAACAUUCAAUAUGGACUCCAGUCCACCGACGCAGUCUGCUCCACUCUCCAGUGUGCUGCCUACAUCUGGUCUGCCAGAGUCCAUGACAGUGGUGGAGCUGCGUCAGGCCAUUGUAGCCAUGAUGAACAGGAAAGACGAGCUGGAGGAACAAAACAUGUCUCUUCGCAGUCUGCUGGAUGGGGAGAUGGAGCACUCAGCGGGCCUGAGGCAGGAAACUGAUAUGCUGAAGAGGAAGCUGGCAGAGCUGGAGGAGAGACACACAGCCAAGGUCCAGGCACUGGCCAGGGAGAAUGAGGUCCUGAAGGUCCAGUUGAAGAAGUAUGUGGGGGCGGUACAGAUGCUGAAGAGAGAGGGGAGCCAGGGCAAUGAUGCCCUGUCAAUGUUGCGGUCAAGUGAAGACCAGGCUCCUGUCCCACAGAAUAAAUUCAUGGGUGACAUUGAGGAGCUGGCCGCCAGCUAUGAACGCAAACUCAUAGAGGUAGCCGAGAUGCACGGUGAGUUGAUAGAGUUUAAUGAGCGUCUGUACCGUUCCCUCAUGGCCAAAGACCACCUCAUAGUCCAGAUGAGACAGGAACUCAUUGACCUGAGAGGACCGGUUCCAGGCGAUUUAAGCCAGACGUCAGAUGACCCCAGCCUGUCAGAUUUUGAGACGGCUCAUCGCGCUCUCAUCAACGUGUGGAUCCCCUCUGUGUUCCUGCAGGGCAGAGCUGCCAACGCCUACCACGUCUAUCAGGUGUACAUCCGUAUCCUGGACAACGAGUGGAAUGUGUACAGGCGUUACACUGAGUUCAGGGAGCUCCACAACCACCUGAGAACCCAGUUUCCACAGGUGGACACCUUCAACUUCCCACCCAAGAAAGCCAUAGGGAACAAGGAUGCCAAGUUUGUGGAGGAGAGGAGGAAGCAGCUGCAGGGCUACCUUCGCAUGGUGAUGAACAAACUGAUCCAGACACUGCCGGAGUUCACAGCCCGCCCCACCAAAGAGACCCUGCUGUCUCUGCUGCCUUUCUGUCUAGACACACCCCAGGCCAACGAUGGUGGAGCCAAGACGCCCCGGUCCAAAACUUCAUCCCGCUUCCCCAGACUGGGCCGCAGCCGCAACCAGGAAGUCAGACCUGAACCCCAGAGUGGCGACCUUUAACCUCGGAGCCUUUGAACUAAUAAUCUCUCACUGUAGAGGCUGAGGACGUCGAUGUUCCCGUGUCCACCCUGGACUAUGGCACACGUGUGUGAGGACAUUAAAGGCAUCUAACGGACCUUCAAAGCCUUACAGAUAAAAAGCCUCAGUCGAGGAGAGGAGAUGGCUGUGUUCACAUUGCAGGCCUCUCUAGGAGAUAUGUAAAUGUUUCUGUGCAUUGCCUGGCUGAGUAAAGGAUAAAUGACUGCCCUGAGGCUGCCUAUCGAUGGACCCAAUCAAACAGCACCUCUUACCUCACUGAGAGACCAAAAGACUCUCUGUAAACUGCACAUGAACUAGCCUGGACUGCUCUCUCUCUCUAAUCUCAAACACAAUUUUUUUUUUUUCUUACUCUGCUCAGUUUUUAGUGAAAGUGUAUCACGGUCACAGUGCCUACAGUGUUUUGUAGCUGCUUUCCUGCUCUGGGUAGGGAGGGAAGGGUGUGUAGAGAGGUGAAGAGGGGGUAGAUUAAAGUAGUUUUUCAGCUAAUGUGUCAGCAUUAUGGUGCCAUUACAUUUUAGAUGGCGAUGAUUCACAAUCUCUUUAUAAAUAAGCAUAAAUUCUUGCUGUUUCCUCUCAAAAAUAUCUUUCGUAUCUACGUAUUAGAUCAGUUUCAAAUACCUGCUGUGAUGUGUAUGAUACAUUUAUUUUUCAAAUAUUUUUGAGCAGAAUGGAAGGGAAACACAAUUUUACCAUUAAAAUAGAUGGGUAAGCUGUGUUUCGGUAGGUUUACCCUCCACUAUAUCACAUAAAUAAGGGUCUUCAUCAAAGGUCAGCUGGCUAUACUGAAAAAACCCAAUGUUUAAAGAUUGUUUAAUUAACUAAUGUGUCUUAGCAGGAUUUAAUGCAGCGUUAUGUUGCAAAUGAAUGUUUUAACGAUGACUAAACACUUGAAGAAAAGCUGCUUGUUAGAGUGCAAGUAAAGGACUGCUGAGCAUCAAGUGUGUGUAAAACAGAAGCUCAUGCAUAUGUAUGGAUUACCCAGGAGUAGUCAGAGACUAUGUUCAAACGAGGAGUGAUUGUGUUGGAAGAGUUUCCAAACACUUCAAUCAAAGGGUCGGCUCGCAAAAUGGUAAACACUGUUCACCGUCUAUGAGGGAAGGUGAACAAACAAGGCUUGUGAGUUUUAAUUAAGUUGUUAUUCUUACAUUAAAGUGACCCUCACAAGUAUCCAACUACUGGUAAACACUGCAUAGUGUUGUUAGGAAAUUCUUACUGGGAUGCCGUCAAAUAAAGGUUUUUGGCUCUGAGAUCUUUUACACAGAGAUUCUGUCUCUGGUCAACAUGUAAAAUAUAAGCAUGGGAAAGAAAAUAAGCAAAACAAAAAAAAAAAAACAUAACUUUUUAAAGAACUUAUUUCACACGUUGACAUUCUUUUUUUUCUAGGUCUGACAAAUGGCACUGCUGUUGCAUCAUAUCAAGAAUGUAACUUAAACAUGGAUUUCUGUCAUUCUUUUUAUUAAAGACUAUUCUCUGCUGUGAUACAGUAAAACUGUAGAAUUGGUGAUAUUUUAAGUGUAGCACUGCCUUGUAUGCAUUUGAAAAAUCAGCCCACAGCACCUUACUAUAUCCUGUACCGCUGACGAACAACACUGUCACGUAGUCUCUCUAUUAUAACAAGUAGCCUUUUCAUAGACAUCUCUUUUGCAGCGAAGGUUGGGGUCAGUUUGUCUCUGGGACCACUGGUGGGUCUGCACAAAUAUCCAUACUGUAUGCGUGGUAAUGUACAGUUAUAUGCACAGUGGAGUUUUUGACCACUUCUGGCGCCAUGGAGUGAUGUUUAUAUGUGUGGGUCACCAUUUUGAUUGUAUGGUCCACCAGCACCCGGGCGAGGUUAUACACAGUUCUGUUGCUUUUUUCACGCUAGUCUGCUGAUAGACAGUUGGCGGUGGUAACACGUAAAGAAGUGUUGCAAUGCGCCCACAAAGAAAGGGAAAAAGAGGACUGCUUGCUAGCAAAAAUGGAUGUAAACAAUACAGGAUUUGAAAUAUUAAAAAAAAAAAGAGCUUUGCAAAUGUUUCAUUAAGAAGGAAAUGCAUUCAACACAUUUGUUAAACCUUGAUGUGUUUUGGUGAGUAACACUCCACAGGGCACCUUUUUAAAUCUGAGACUUUUUGUUCCAGAUAACUGAAGACGGUGCUGAUCUAUUCUCUUGCAGUUGCUAAGCACUUAUUCAAAACUAGUUUGAAUCAAGACUGUUUUGCUAAAAGUCAAAAUGUUUCUUCUAUGGCUUGAAGCUCUAAAUGCUAAAAAUAUCUCAGGUGCUGUUGAGAAUACACAAGUACAAGCGUUUCAUUGACAAUAACAAGAAAAAAGAGGCCAGUGCUGUACAGAGAGUUCCUGGUAGACAUGCAGGUCUGCUCCUCUAUCUUGAGGUAUAGAAGUUUUCAUGAUGUGAUCACAAAUGUCAAUAUUCUUUUAAAUGGCUGCAUCUCAUUCCCUUAGAAUCUGAAUUGAAUCUGACUGUGCUUAGAGGCUGGUAAUCAGAGCGAUGACAAGCAAAGGAAGUGGGUUUAGUUUAUUGAGAUGCAGCCAAAGUGUUCUCUUUCAAUAUGCCAUGUCUGUUCCUGUGUACUUUUCUGUCCUUGCCUUAGUCAGCAGUCAGGCCUUAUCUAUCAGUGUCACAGCAAAGAGGGGAUGAACAAUAAAGUACAGUGUGUACAGUACAACACCAA